AUGGAUUGGGUGGAACAAUUAGCUGGGGAUCUUGUGUGUAUUGAAUUUGAGGGCGAGAGGUGUAGGCCAAAGGAAAUCUAUGGAGAUCUUUUAAGACUUUUUGAGUACGGUGGAUUCCCUCCUGAUGCAAAUUACUUGUUCUUAGGGGACUAUGUAGACCGUGGAAAACAAAGUUUAGAAAUAAUAUGCCUUCUUCUAGCCUACAAAAUCAAGUAUCCUGAGAAUUUCUUUCUCCUAAGAGGAAAUCAUGAAUGCACGUCUAUUAAUAGUAUAUAUGGAUUCUAUGAUGAGUGUAAAUGCCGCUACAACUUGAGAUUUUGGAAAGUCUUCACCAAUUGUUUUAAUUGCCUUCCAAUGGGUGGUCUUAUAGAUGAUAAAAGGAAAAGUCUAUAUAUUGGCACUGUCUAUGGAAAAUCAUACAAUAACCAUGAACAACCUUAUGGUGAAAGCUUAUUGAAGAUGAACAUUUGGGCAUCCCCCAUGAAAAAGGAUUUGUUCUUGAAAAAGAACAAGAGGAAGCCCCACAACUUAGCAAAAAUCUGA